GCUUUCGCUAUCGGGAACUGAUGCACCGGCAAGCGGGACACAUCCUGCCGGAGCACACUGCGUCUGCUAGCGGAAGCAAAGGAACGGGUGUGUACGAACUGCGAAAAGCAUGAAUGGCACCGAUGGAUGGUGGAACGCAUGCAAUCGUUUGACAGUUCGGUUCGCAGAGAAACAACAAACACACACGGGAAAACAGUGGACUGCUGCUGUUCAAGAGCAAAAUACGCCCUUCACCCUAAUUUAUUACAAGUAUAUUAUCGAAGACACUUCCCAUGGCUACCCUACUGAGCACGCGGCUCUUCUUUACCACCCGAGCAUUGGCAGCAUCCAGCAUCGGACGGUCGUUAGGUCAAUCAGCAGCAUCGUUCAACCGCAUGUAUGAGCCGGAUUACCUCGAGUUGCUGAAACCGAAAUAUCCGCUGUACGAAACGCUGAAUCUUACCAUCAAGGGGUACGAUUACCCGCUGCUGGAAAGCUACCAAAAGUUCAUCCACAAUGUGGCCGAUUCGAUGGAUUUGGAGAUAGCCGAUGCUUACGCACAGCCGCCGCAAAAGUUGAACGUGCAAAAAUUCAAACCCAACUCCAGCGUCAUCGACAGCGAGUAUAAGCUGACCGUGUACCAACGGACGGUGCAGGUGGAAAAGGUACAGGCUCCGCUAUAUCCACUGCUGCUGCGCACGUUGCAGGCGGCCCUUCCCGAGGGUGUCACGUUGAAGGUGACGGAGCAUAGCUGGGACCAGGAGGAAGCACGUUACGUACCCGAUCGGGACCUGAAGGAGCUGAAGCAGCAGCUGGACGAAAUGGGCGGUGCAUCGAGGAAAAAAUAGUAAAACGAUUUGGACUGUUGGCAGUUUUUCGUAGAUUCACAUUAAUGAUUAAAGAUAGUUUGUGUGUGCGUGUUUACUCAUGAUCAAAUG